GCAGCUAGGCAGUUGGACGAGGAGGAUGGUACUGAGCUCAUUAAGUCGUUCUCGGAGAAGGAAAUUUGGGAGAGCUUGGUGGACUGCGAUGGGGGUAAAGCUCCUGGACCUGACGAUUUCACGUGGGAAUUCUACAAAAAAGGAUGGGUCCUUAUUCGGGAGGAGCUCAUCAACGCUUUAACCAAGUUUCAUUCUUCAGACUACCUUCCAGAUUGUGUUACUCAUUCUUUCUUAUGUCUCCUUCCUAAGCGCGACACUGUGGAGGAUAUUUAAGACCUUCGCCCUAUUAGCUUGAUGGGCAGUAUGAAUAAAUUAAUAAGUAAGAUGAUGGCUCGUCGGCUCGAUAAAGUUCUCCCCAAGCUGGUGUCGCAGAAUCAGCAUGCCUCCGUCAAAGGUAGACAGAUCUUGGAAGCGGGACUCAUUGCAUUUGAAUUGUUAGAUAGUCGCAAGAAAAGCCGCAAACCUGGUCUCAUGUUCAAGCUAGACAUCGAGAAGGCUUUCGACAAUGUGAGUUGGGAUUGUCUUUUUAAGAUUUUAUCUACCAUUGGGUUCCCGGAACAUUGGAAAAAAUGGAUCAGAGGUACGAUGUGCUCCCCGGUCGUUUCUACACUUAUUAAUGGUGAAUCGAAGGGCUUCUUCAAGCCUCAAAAGGGGUUGCGCCAAGGGGAUUCGCUUUCACCAGGGUUAUUCACUCUGAUUAUGGACCUCCUUUCUUUUAUGUUGAACAAACUGCAUGCAGAGGGGAGGAUAUCGGGGUUCUGUAUGGAUGAGACGAAUGGCAGAGGUGAGGUCACUCACCUUUUGUUUGCUGAUGAAACUUUGCUUUUUUGUGAUGCUGCCUAUGAUCAAGUGUUGAACAUCGUCUCUAACUUGGUCUCCUUUCAAGCUAUUACCGAGCUCAGAAUCAAUCUUGAGAAGUCGGUUAUGAUUACCGUUGGGGAUGUCGCAAUCCCGGAAUACUUCGCAGCCAUCUUCGGCUGUAACUGGAGCAGUGAGCCUUCUAAGUAUCUGGGCUUUCCUCUCGGAGCUAAAGUAAACGCUAUCUCGACUUGGGACCCGAUUAUCAGGAAGUUUGAGCAGCGUCUUGAGCGGCGCAGGGGAUAAGCUCAAGACCCCACUUAUCAAAUGGGAUAUAUGUAAAGCGAGCAGAGAAAAAGGGGGUUUGGGCAUUAGGGACAUGAAUUGUUUCAAUAAAGCUUUGCUGUCAAAAUGGUUGUGGAAAUUCACCGAGGAGAGAGAGAGCUGGUGGAGAAAGCUCAUCAACAUCAAAUUUUCGGCAAGAAAUUCGUUGUGGCAGAGUAAGAAUUGUAGAAAUGGAUUUGGGGGAUCGGUGUGGGCUAACAUCACUUGAGAAUAUAAUGAAUUCUGGAAGGCAGUGGCAAUCGAUCCGGGUGGAGGAGCAGGGGUGUCGUUUUGGAAUUACUGCUGGAUUCCAGGAAUGAUUCUCGCGCAGUCCUUCCCUAGAGUCGCCGCGGCUGCUGCUUCGCCGGAUGCCUGGGUCUCGAAGGUAUUCAACCACUCAGGUGAGAGUAGGCCUGUCAAAAUGGUUUCGGUUUUUCGGUUUAACCCGAACCCGAACCGGUAGCAGAUGUCUUCGGUUUCGGGUUUUCGGUUUCAACCCGAGAAAGGCACAUCCGGUUUCGGUUCACCUAAACCCGAAAACCAACAAGGAACCCGAAAACCUAAGCUCUCUGUUAAGCUCGCCAUUGUCUUCGAAAACCCUACACGCUACAAGGCGAUUCUGCGCAGGCGAUUCUCCUUCGCGGCGUCGGCUACCGGCGAUUCUCUUUCAAUCGAAUGCAGAAGUCGGCUACAGGCGAUUCUGCGCAGUCAGAGCUUCGCCAAAUCUCACCCUGCAACUCUUCGCCAUCCCUUCGUCGGCAACUCAUCCGUUCGUUCAAGAUCGAAGCUUUCCUCGUCGGGCGUCGACGCUCACGCAUCUGGGUAAUGCAACCCGUCUCCGAUAUGGUUUUAGAGUUUCCCUGGGUUCGUCGAUUCCUCCCCUGGCUUCAUCGUAUUGGGUUUUGAUUUUUGCAGGUACCAAGCCCUUCGCAGUUCGCACUUCGCACUUCGCCGGACGUCCUUCUUCGAUCUAGUGUUAGGGUUCCCCUGGUCUCGUUGAUUUCUCUCCUGGCUUCAUCGAUUUGAGAUCAGCUAUGGCAUCCCAGUAAGCUCCUCUAUCUUACUAUCUGUUGCUCUUCUUCUUCACCACUUAUUUGCUUUCUUCGCUUGCUGGUGCUCUUUACAUCCUUCUGCUUCUUCUGGCAAGUAGUGGAUUUGGGUUUUAUUGUGCUCAGUGGAUGGCCGUUUGGGGUGAAUUUCUUUUAUCGGUAUCUCAUAUGAUCCUAUGCUUCUUCUUGUAAGAUGAUCCGUUUAAGACAUGAUCAAUAUGGUAUUAUGGUGGAUUAGUUUUUGUUUUGUGUGGGUGUUAAUGGUGGAUGUGAUGCUAGAGAUCAGAAGAGAGAGCUACCGGGGACGGAUUUUGUCGUUGCUGGUUUAUCUUCUCCUAUGUCUGGGUUUGGACUACUGGCAUUUGGUCAAGCUUUGGAAUUAUCUAUAUGCUAUGAUUAGUUAAUGUGGCUCAAGCCUAUUGUCUUCAUCUUGACGUUGAGAUCAAUGUGUAGUUAGGAAAGUAAAACUCUCUUUAGCUCAUCAAUUAGGCUGCUUGCACAGUUCACUUACCGUUUGAAUUAAUCAGCUUUUUGGAGUUAAUUGACUCCAUCCAAGACUUUGACGAUUGGAACUUGCAAUAGAGUGAUACGGCCUGA